CAAACAGGUACACGAGGGUUUUGCUACUUAUUCCGGAAUUAGGGUUGCUGUGUUACCAAACGCGCACCAAUUUCACGAAACUGUUGAGCUCACCACUCUAGCGCCACCGUUAAUAGCUUCAAUCUUUCUAUCACACUAAGACCCCUCUUGCUUUACUAAGUCUUUAACCUUCAAAGCUCUGAUCUUUUUCCAAUUCCAAUGACUUAGUUCUUGCCGGCAUUUGUCUCUUUUUUUUUUUUUGAAGGAUUGAACGUGAUGGGUAGCCAAGUUGCUUCAACCAAUGAUCGUUCAAGGAUGCAUUGGACCCCAUCAAUGGAACGUUAUUUUAUUGAUGUUAUGUUGGAGCAUGUGCAAAGAGGGAAUAGAGUUGGAUACACCUUCAACAAGCAUGCUUGGAGUGACAUGCUGGCAAGGUUCAAUGCCAAAUUCGGUUCCCAAUGUGACAAGGAUGUGUUGAAGUCUCGGUAUUCUAGUUUGUGGAAGCAGUUCCAUGAUGUCAAGAACAUUCUUUGUCAUGCUGGUUUUUCAUGGGAUGCUGCAAGGCAAAUGGUGGUGGCUGAUGAUGUUUUUUGGGAUGAGUACCUCAAGACUCAAACUGAUGCAAGAUGUUACAGGACAAAACCAGUGCUGAAUUUUGAUGAUUUGUGUGUGAUAUAUAGUCAUACAAGUGCUGAUGGAAGGUAUAGUUUAUCAAGCCAUGAUGCAUGUGUUAAUUCUGAAGUUCAAAGAGGUGAUGGAAUGGGAAGCAAUGCUGUAUUGAAUAGUGGUCUGAGAACAGAUUGGAGUGCUUCAAUGGACCAGUAUUUUAUAGAGCUUUUGCUUGAUCAACUGAGCAGGGGCAACAUAAUCAAUCAUCAGUUCAGUAAAAAGGCUUGGACAGAUAUGCUUGACAUGUUUAAGGCUAAAUUUGGCUCUCACUUUUGUAAGAGGAUUUUGAAGAAUCGACUGAAGAAACUGUUGAAGUAUUACUGCGACAUAACAAACCUUUUAAAACAAGGAUUUUUAUGGGAUGAUCAACAACAAAUGAUUGCUGCUGAUGAAAGUGUCUGGGAUGCUUAUGUCAAGGCACAUCCACAUGCACGAACAUAUAGAUUGAAAAUUUUGCCAAACUAUCGUGAUUUAGAAUUAAUAUUCAGAAAUGUAUCUGAUGAUGAGAUCAGUAAUUUGCAUCAGGAACAAAAUCAUGACGUGACAUCAGGAAAAAAGGCUGGUGAAGGAAAAGGAUGCCGCAAUCCUAGUGGAUCUGAUCGUACUAGAACAUAUUGGACACCACCAAUGGAUCAAUGCCUUAUUGACUUGUUAUUAAAGCAGGUCAAAAGUGGAAACAGGCUUGGGCAGACAUUCAUUACCCAGGCUUGGAAUGACAUGAUUACCUCAUUCAAUGCACAAUUCAAAUCUCAAUGUGACAAAGAAGUUCUGAAGAAUCGUUACAAACAUUUGAGGAAACAGUUUAAUGAUGUGAACAAUCUUCUUCAGCAGAGUGGGUUCUCAUGGGAUGAUAAGAGAGAAAUAGUUGCUGCACAGGAUCAUGUUUGGCAUGCUUAUAUAAAGGUACAUCCUGAAGCUCGAUCACUAAGAGUUAAAACUUUGCCAGGCUAUCGCAAACUGUGUGUUAUAUUUGGAGAGGAAUGCUCUGGUACAAGAUAUAUCCAGUUAUCGCGCAAUGCAGACCCCAGUUGUGAAAUGCCAAUGUCGAUAGCAGGUGAACAGAAAAAUAGCACUCCUCAUGGUGUUUGUGGUGCUGCUUCUACAAUAGAUUGGACGGAAUCAAAGGAAUGCUGUUUUAUUGACCUUAUGAUUGAGCAAGUAAAUAGAAGAAAUAUGAUUGGAAACUUGUUCAAUGAGCAAGCUUGGACUCAUAUGACUGAAGCAUUUUGCGCUAAAUUCGGACAUCAGUAUGACAAGCAGUUUCUAGUGGAUCAAUAUCUCUGCUUGAUGAAACUACAUGAUGACAUUGGCGAUCUUCUCAGUCAUGAUGGAUUUGCAUGGGAUGAAACCCUACAAAUUAUAGUUGCCGAAAAUGAUACAUGGGAUGCAUACAUUAAGGAUCACCCAGAUGCCAUCUCAUAUAGAAACAGGAUUUUGUAUCUUUACAAUGAUCUGUGCAAGGUAUUUGGAAACAUUGUGUCAGAUGCGAGAGUGAGUUCUCAGGAGCAACUUCACCUGAUGGAUGCAAAUGACAUUGCCAUUGAAAUGGAUAUGGAUGGAAACUUGGUUGUGAGUGACAACACUGAAAUAUUAAGUCAAGAUAGAAGAGUUUCAAAUGAUGAAAUGGAUAUGGUUGGAAUAUCAGGGAAUUUGAAUGUGACUAGUAACAAUGGAAUAUCAAACCAAGAUACAGAAAGGCCAAGGGAAAUGGAUAUAAAUGGAAGAUCUGGAGAUUUGGCUGUGACUGGAAAAAGAAACAAAAUGGAUACAAAUGGAUUGUGUCGAAAACCACAGCAUGUUAAGAAAAGGCCGAGGGCAAAGGCAACGGACUCUAGACCUCCCAAGAAGAACAUGAGAGUAAAAGAAGCAUUGUCUGAGAUGGCAAGUGCUGUGAAGUCAUUGAUGAACAACAAAGAGAGAAACGACUGUAAUUCCCCAUUGGAGAAUGCUUUGAGUGAACUUCAAGCUAUGCCUGACAUCGAUGACGAGCUGGUAAUGGAUGCAUGUGAUCUAUUGGAGGAUGAGAGAAUGGCCAAGAUAUUUCUAGCCUUGGAUAUCUCUUUGAGGAAGAAGUGGUUGCUUAGAAAGCUUCGUCAGUAACUCUGGCUGCUUGACUUCAACUCUGUAUAUAACAAUAAUAUAUUCAAGCGUAAGCUUAGCCUGUCAGGAAUUAUUUAAUAGCGCUCUUUAAUUAUUCAAUUAGAUUGAACAUUUUCACGUCCAUAUAUAUAUAUAUAGCUCUCUUGCAAACCCCUCAUAGUAAGAAAAAAGCGUUGAGUUCAAU